AUGGCUACCACCGAGACAGCACAACAAAUGCAUGAAUCGCCCUCGAAACUGACUGAAAUGCCAGAUCGUCCUGGACGUCGUCGCCCGUUCUCGUCAUGGAUGAAGAAGCUGGCCAACUUCAAAGCCGGAUCUUCCGCAGAUUCUGGAAGUCCUGCGAGUACGAAACGGAACACAUAUCAGAUGAGAUCGAAUGGAAAGAAGCCAUCGCCUUCGAAGAACAACAAUCCAUACCCUCAGUCUGGCGUGAUGAAUGGCAAUGACUUCACCGCGCCGAAUGGUCAUAGGUCGUUCUCGACAGUUCCAACUGGCACAUCGAUGAGUACAACCUCUCUGGACCGAAGUAGACGAUCCUUUCGAUCAUCUCUAGAUGGACUCCCUCCUCCAACCAUCGGAAACAAAUCUAUGGCUGCUACAUCGUCGACAGAUCACGAUGCGGCGCAUUCAGAUGCUGCGCCUUCACACGCACCCUCAUCUGGACAAGGGACAAAUGCUACAGCUGGAUGCGGAGUUAGUUCUGGCAGAGGUGCUGACAGCACUUUCUCUUCUCCAGCACAUUCGGUACGGUCGCUAACUACGACACUGACAACAAUACAAUCAGUGGCCCCGCAGGCAGCGACUGGGACGCACCACAAUUCGAACACAAACAAUUCCCAGAGCAUACAGUUUGUUCACCAGUUCCCUACCUCUCCGCCUCCGAAUGCAUUACCAGCACAUCUCGUUCCUCAAGGAAGUGGUGGACAUCCUGCGACCUACAAUACAGCGACUGCCAAUAACCUCCUUACCGACAACGCUUCGAUCCUGACACUUGCUUCGUCAUCAAAGAGAAGGAGAAGGAGAUCUAUGGACACCGAUGCUUCGGUUCGAGCACUGGCUCCCUCCUCUUUGUUCGGAGGCAGUCGAGAAAGUCUACCAUUAAGUGUGCUAAGUGCUAAUAUCGAUCCAAGUGGCCCACCACAUCAGACUCGACCAAGUGUUGGAGGACUGAAUGAAAGAGCUAGUAUAUACUCUGCGACGGGAGUCGCUCCCGCUCUCCCCAGUGAACGAAAUAGCUACUAUGCAGGCAAGCAGUCAAUGGCAGCCGAUGGCAGUAGCAUAAAGAGUGGAUUACUUGGUCACGGACGGAACGAUAGCAUAAGCGGUAGCAUAGGUGGUGUUGUGGCGCCUGGAAGUCCUCUCGCAAGCCCACGAGACUUGACGGCGCAGAAUGGGAAAUUGAGCCGGACAAACUCUGCUUGGGGAGAGGGAGGGGAGGGGGGAAAGAAUGAUUCUGCCGAUGCUGAAGCCGAUGGCGAAUAUUUGAAGGAAGCCGAAAAAUCGUAA